AUGACAGUGCCUUCUCUGAACUCAAAGCAGGCUUCCUCAACUCUUUCUGAUGGCCAAAAGCUCGAGCUCUUACAGUUCCAUGUUCUUUCAGACUAUGUGUCCAGCUCCAAUUUUGAUACUCUAACCAACCCUGUGAGAACACUUGCAGGAGCUAAGCCUGGAAAGGUGGAACUGAAUGUGGUAAGUUAUGGAGGGAGUGUGAACAUCUCAACAGGUGAGGUUAACACAACCAUCACUGGCAUUGUAUACACAGAUAAGCGUCUUGCUAUUUAUAAGGUGGGAAAGGUACUUCUUCCUAUGGACUUCUUUGCAGUGGCCAAGGCACCUGCAAAGUCACCCUUGUUGGCACCAGAACCAUCUGCAAAGGCUCCUAAAGCGGAUAAGGAGAAUUCACUGUCCCCAGACUCCUCAGCAUCAUCUGAGAUUAAUACCACAAAGGAUAACUCUGGCACUGUGAAAAUCAAUUUGCCCGGAAAGUGGCUGUCCCUUGUUCUUGGAAUAGUUCUCAUGACUGUUUUCUCACCAUAA